AUGACCAAGUCUCUUAAAGCAAAAAUUGAAAAACGGUCUACUGUGAAUCGUUUAUUUAAAAAACAAACAUCAGAUCUUGAUAAAAGACUUGUCGCUUCGUACAAGGUGUCUUUAUUGAUAGCAAAAAACAGUAAAUCUCAUUCAAUCGGCGAGACUCUUAUUUUACCGGCUCUCAAUGAAAUAAUCGAUACUAUGCAAGGAGAGGGUUCUAGUUAUAAGAUGAUUAUAGAAAAUAAUUUUACACUUCAGAUUGACGAAUCAACUGUGACAGAUAAUAGAGCUAUAUUACUAGCUUACGUGAGGUUUAUUAAUGAACGUAAAGAAAUCGUCGAAAAAGUAUUGUUUGCUACAAGUUUGACCACUGAUACCAAAGGGUCGUUGAUUUUUCAAGCGGUGGAGGAAUAUUUUAUCAGAAAAAAUGUCCCCUUGACAAAUAUUAUUGUAUGCGCAACGGAUGUCGCGCCUUCAAUGACCGGUCGUCAUGUUGGGUUUUUAGCCCAUCUAAAAAAAGCCGUUCCAGGUAUUAUUUGUGUUCAUUGUGUUGUAUUUCGCCCACAUUUAGCUGCUAAAAACUUAAGCGGUUUCCUGCACGAAACCCUUCAAUUCGUCAUAAAAGCUGUAAACAAGAUUAAAACAAAUUCACUCAAUGAUCGCAUGUUAUGA